CAUCACAUAUAUUACCUGUAAAGUCCAGUUCUAAUUUGUUUUGGUUGCCAGUAUAUUCACAGUGUUGAUCACCAAGUGUAUCAUCUUUCAAAACAUAAAAUGUCUUCCGACAAAUCAAAUACCAGCUCUGAAGAAGUAAUGCACAAACGUUGUUGUCCAUUCGAAGAAAAUCUUACUCCACUAAUGAAGAUUCACGUUGGUCCAAGAGAAGCCGCUGACGGAGAUGAGAAAGAGGAAGAGAUGAGAAAAAUUUAUGAUCGUACUCUACAGAUGCUAAAAAAUGGUCCUAAAUUAACAGAAAGUCAUCCAAGUGAAAAUCAAGAAACCAAAACGACUGGAUAUCAUUUUGAAGCUCCACGAUUCAAACAGAUGGUUUUGAAUGAUAAAUUACAACUAGAAGUUAGCAAGAAAAUUAUUUUGCCACUAGAUACACAUACUUGUACUAACUGCAAACAACUCAAAGUUGUUGAUCGAACCCGCUGCUUUCUUUGCGUUGAAUAUCACUGCCCGAAUUGCCUUAGUGAAUGUAAAAAAUGUUUAGAACAAUUUUGUAAAAAAUGUAGCCUUACAAUUUAUGAUGAUGGAGAACAUGUAGAGUGUCUAGCAUGUUAUCGUUAAAUACAUUAUCAUUAUUUCAUCAUCAAUAUCUGCACGUUUUGUGAUAACAUUUUCUUUACCAUCACAUGAAGUGAAGGAUGAUAAUGGCUUAUUCAUUAAAAAAAAAAA